ACCUGGAUAUCCCCCUGUCAACCCUCCAUAGUCAACCCAAGUUUCUACCAACCACUAUAUGUACCCAAACACCCAGAUUAUUGUUCUCAAUUCUCUUAGUAUCUUGCUUUGAAAAUGGGAAAGCUAGAGCAUGAUCUACAGAUCCUCCACUUUAGCCACCCUCAUCCUCUAGACCUAAACUCUAAUCACCAGACCCUAGUACCAAACAACACGAUUUCAUCUUACAUCUGUGCUGGCUGCAAAGUACCACCAAACAGUUCUGAUGAUUAUAUAUACUCAUGCAAUCCAUGCAACUUUCAUCUCCAUAAAUCCUGCACUAAAUUCCCACAACAGAUUACACACACUUCUCAUGCUUCUCAUCCACUUGCUCUACUCUCUUUAUCUGUUUAUCCCGGUGGAUUAUUCAACUGUGACGCUUGUAAUCGUCGCGGUAAUGGAUUCAGCUACCAUUGUCAUGUAUGUGAUUUUGAUCUCCAUGUUGCUUGUGCCUCCAUGCCUUUGUCCGUUGAGCAUUAUGCUCACGUGCAUCCUUUGUUGCUGACUUUUAAAAACCCUUACGAGGCCAAGGGCUUUUCUUGUGACAUCUGCUCGAAAAUCGGGUCUAAGCAGUGGCUGUACAGGUGCGGCAUAUGUGAUUUUGAUGCACAUAUGCAUUGCGCCACUGGUGCAAUCCAACCUCCGCAGCCACAGGUACAAUUCAAUCGGGUUCAGGCUACGGUGGUGGCUGGAAGGCCUAGUGGGGGAAUGUACGGUAAGAUGCAAGGGCAGCAGAGUUUACCGGUGAUGAGCACCAGGCCGAGUAAUGGUAUUCAGAAGCAACAGAGUUAUCCAGGUGGUGGUGGAUUAAUGAGUGCAGCUUUGCAAGGCUUUGUUGAGGGGGCUGCACAACAAGUUGGGCAGAACUUAAUGCAGAGUGUGAUGGGCGGAGGAGGCGGUGGAGACGGCGGUGAUACGACUAUUACAUCUGUGUAUGUUAAUGUUGGACCGACGUUGACGGAAAUCGAUGAUUCUGGUGAAGCUGAUUGUGAAGAUUUUUGAAGAAAAGAAGUAUUUAAUUUGUUAAAUUUAUUGAAGAAAAAACUUAAUACUAUUAAAAUGCUGGGAAUCAGAUAAAUCAGCUGUCCUUGGAGAUCUAAGACGUUUGUGAAGAAUUUUCAGGCAUUAUAUUUUGUAAUAUUCGAUGCAAUCUUUUGGAUAUUGUCUUUAUGUAUGAAACUUUGAUUUAAGUU